CUCCGAAAAAUGGCGGCUGCGGUGGGGGUGCCAGGCGCCUCCCUGAGCGUCGUCAUGCCGUCUCCACCGCCUCCGGCUCCUUCUUCCCCCAACACCUCCUCGACCACUGCUAUGCCGGCCGUCCUUCCUCCUGCGGCUGUGCCGCCGCCGCCUCCUGUUCCUCCCGCGCUGGCGGCGCCUUUUCCCGGUGGUCGUGCGGUCCGGCUCCACCCGGUGGUGCUGGCCUCUAUCGUGGACAGCUUUGAGAGGCGCAAUGAGGGUGCGGCCCGCGUUAUCGGCACGUUGCUUGGCACAGUUGACAAAUAUUCUGUAGAGGUCACCAACUGCUUCUCAGUACCUCAUAAUGAAUCAGAAGAUGAGGUUGCAGUGGACAUGGAAUUUGCCAAGAAUAUGUAUGAAUUGCACAAGAAAGUGUCUCCUAGUGAAAUUAUUCUGGGAUGGUAUGCAACUGGACAUGAUAUCACAGAACACUCUGUUUUAAUCCAUGAAUAUUACAGUCGGGAAGCCCACAAUCCAAUUCACUUAACUGUGGACACCAGUUUACAAAAUGGACGUAUGAGCAUUAAGGCAUAUGUCAGUACUACAAUGGGAGUUCCUGGUAAGACUAUGGGGGUAAUGUUUACUCCUCUCACUGUGAAGUAUGCCUAUUAUGAUACAGAGCGGAUAGGAGUUGAUCUCGUCAUGAAGACUUGCUUUAGCCCAAAUCGAGUGAUUAAUUUGUCAAGUGAUCUUCAGCAAGUGGGGACAGCUUCUGCUCAGAUUCAGGAUACCCUGAGCACAGUACUACAGUAUGCAGAAGAUGUGCUGUCUGGAAAAGUGGCUGCUGACAACACUGUUGGUCGCUUCCUGAUGGAUCUUGUUAAUCAAGUUCCAAAAAUUUCGCCAGAGGACUUUGAGACUAUGUUGAAUAGCAAUAUCAAUGAUCUGCUGAUGGUAACCUAUUUGGCAAAUCUCACCCAAUCACAGAUUGCACUCAAUGAAAAAAUCUUAAACCUGUAAUGAAACCUUAACCAUCACAAGACAUCCUGAAGAAACAGUGCAAUUUCUUUGCACAACCCAGACUCCGUAAUUGGAUUUUAUCUUCUGAACUGACUGCUGAAUUAAUCUUUCUCAUCACUUUUUUCCCUCUUCUAAGUAUGGUCAGAAAGGUGAUCAUCAUUAAAAAUGAUCAAGAAAU